UGUCGUGGUAAACCAAAAUACUAAUGGUCAGAGAUUCGGAUUCUUGAGGAGAUCAGUGAACAACUGUAUUGCAAGUGAAUGGUCUUUUUACAUAACCAUCGCGGCUAUAGUUGUUGUAGGGGUGGCUCUUGCCCAUGAUCACGCCAUUAAAUCCCUAGAAGCCAGCUUCGAAACAACUGUGGAGAAAAUGCUUGAUAAAGAAAAAGCUUUCAUCAAGGAGGUUAUCCAAAAGUUUGAGACUAACAUGGUUAGAAAGUUCGAAGAACAUAGGAGACGGUCAGUGUGUAAGAACUGUGCCGAGCUGUUCAAAUUCGGCAAAACAAUCAGUGGUGUUUAUAAAAUCAACCCAGAUGGUGCUGGACCUGACUUUGAAGUGUUUUGUGACCAAGAAACUGCCGGCGGGGGAUGGAUAGUGGUCCAAAGGAGGCUGGAUGGCACUGUGGAUUUCCACCGCAAUUGGUUUGACUACAAGCAUGGCUUUGGUAACGUUGGAGGUGAGUUUUGGCUCGGACUAGAAAAAAUUCACCGCCUGACGAAAUCCCAGAGCAAACUUCGGGUCGAUUUGGAAGAUUUUGACGGCAACGCUGCUUACUCCGAUUACAACAUGUUUUCAGUGGCAAACGAAAGUGAGAAGUACCAGUUGAGCGUUGGGACAUAUUCAGGAACUGCUGGUGACUCAUUAACUUAUCAUCAUGGCAGUCCCUUUACAACCAACGAUCGCUGUUCAGAUAAUUGUGCUAAGAAAUUUAAAGGAGCCUGGUGGUACCAUUCCUGUUAUAACUCAAACCUCAAUGGUUAUUAUCAUCAUGGGAAGCACUCAUCGUUUGCUGAUGGAGUAAUCUGGCGUUCCUGGAAAGGUUACCUCUACUCUGUGAGGAGAGUUGAGAUGAAAAUCAGACCAGUGGAGUUUUAA